UUUUUAUCUAUCUUUAUCACCGUCAAAAAUCUCACCUCGUCUUCACGAGUAUACUGAAAAAGCCCAUUCAAAACGUCAAAAUGGUCCGCCAACUCAAACACCACGAGAAAAAACUCCUCCGCAAAGUAAAUUUCAUCACCUACAAAUCCGACGGCAACCACCGUGAACACGCCAUCCGCGCACGCUACUACCUACAAGGCUCCCUCGAUUAUCAGAAAUACAGUCAAAUAUGCGGCAAACUCCGGUCGCUGGCCCACAAACUCUCAACCCUAGACCCGGACGACGCCUACCGCAGAAAAAUUGAAAGCCAGAUGUUAGAAAAGUUGUGGGCGAUGGGCAUCCUCAAGCAGAGCCGUGAGCAGGGCGCCGGAUUGUCGGUUGUGGAGCGCGAGGUUACGGUGUCCGCGUUUUGUAGGCGGCGGUUGGGCGUGUUGAUGACCAGGAAUGGGAUGGUGGAGGAUGUGAAGACGGCUGUUUCGUUGAUUGAGCAGGGGCAUGUGAGAGUUGGGACGGAGGUGGUUAAUGAUCCGGCAUUUCUUGUCACGAGAAGUAUGGAGGAUUUUGUCACCUGGGUCGAUUCGAGCAAGAUUAAGCGGACGAUCAUGAAAUAUCGGGAUAAUCUCGACGACUUUGAUUUGAUGGCUUAGGUUUCGAUUUUUUUUUAUAUUUGCAUAGCGAGGUGUUGGGAAUUUAUGUUUUAUAUGGAAUUAGUGAAGUGAGUGUCAAUUUUUCAAUCACUAUGUACAUG